UUGUGUUUAUUUACUUCAUUUAUUUAAAAUCUAUUUUUGUGUGUCUACUUAAAUUAUUUAUUUGUUUUUUUAGGAACAUGAAAAUGAAUACUAAUAUGCUCACAGACCUCUGUGAGAUCAUACAUGGUUUGGGUGAAAGAUUACCACGCAAAGAUACAGUUGUGGUAAUUCAGUCAGUAUUAAUAAAACAAAUGAUUUUGUUGAUUUACCGAAUUCGAAAAGCUGCAAUUUUACUUAAUCACCAGAAUAUAUCAAUCCAACAUUUACUAUAUGUUUUGGAAAAUCAUAAGAUCAUCCUUAUUCGAAUUCUAUCAUACUAUAUGUUAAAAGAUACUAUCUUUAAACUCAAUGCAUUAAGUAAUAUUGAUGAAAAUAAGAAAAAAAAUAAGAAACAUAAGCAAGAGUUGAUUGAUAAAAAUGUUGUAGAAAAUAUUACAAAUUUACAAGAUGAAUUUGUAAAAACAGAUCCAGUUACUGCUUUAACUGCAAUUGAUUUUACCACAAAAGACUUAUCACCUAGCAAUAUCAAAGUCAAAAGUAUUUUUAAGAAACUUAGGAAUGCAAUCGUGGAUUUGAAGUUAAAAAUAAAUAUAACUGAAGAAGAAGUAAGAAAAUCGAAUGAAAUACGUUUGAUCAGAGCUAAUGAUAUAUCAAUUAUACUAACACCUGAUGCAUAUGAAGGCUUUGAAAUGUGCAGAAGAAAAAAUUUUCAUAAAUCCAAAAUAGGUGAACGGUUAUUGUUUCAAGUACACAAAGCUCUCCCAUGGGAUAUUACAUACGAUAAUCAAGUAAAAGAUGUUCUUCUGUUCUUAGCCAAAGAAACAAUUAACUGUCUUAUUGAUCGUGUAUUUGAAAAUAGAAAAUGUACAGAUAUUUGUGAUGAAAAUAAUUCAUCCAUAAUCAAGAAAAAAAAAUAUGGAUCUAUACUUGUUGAUGAAAUAAUAGCUGUUAUAACAUGGAAAUCUCCUUUGGAAGAAAUUCACUACCCAUAUGAUGAAAAUGAUCUGUUUUUUAAUAAUCAUUUGAUUUUUUAAUUAUAAAAAGUAUUUGUAUUUGUAUWAWAAGUAAA